AUGACGACGAGCUUAGUAGGGGAGGAUGGUAGCCUCUCGAAACCAACCACUGGUCCAACGUUGGAGACUAUUAAGCUUCCCCGAGGGGGCGUCGUAGCCUGUACGUCUAUCGGUCCUGUUCAGCUCGGAAUGCCCCCCGAAACAAUCAAGGAUUCCAUGAAACUCGGUCUUCCUGUACCACGACACUACAUCGUACCAUCUGAGCCCUUCACUAAGACCCUAGGAGCCAAUAUGGGCGUCAAUGUGGCCGAAUUUGAGUUCCCGGCCUACUGCAACUUCUUCUUCAAGCGACAAUGUGUAAACCUCAUUGUGACUUCAGCUGAUGUAGAAUCACGAAUCCGCCAGGUAUUUCAGGAGACGCUUUUCGGUCCCGCGGAUCUUGAUUUACGCAAUGACUUCCCCCAAGCUACGCCUAUGGAACAGUUCCCUGACUUAAGAAAGGAGCUCGAGUACUUUCAAGACGCCGUCGAUCUCCCACCACCGCCAGCGAAUGCGUUAAUUUCUCAUCUCGACUCAUUCUACCCGCCGGCAUUUGGUGUGACGGUGCUAGGCAACUCGCACGGCUUCGAUCCUAAUGGCAAAACCUCUGGUUAUGUUCUUUGGAUCAACCAUCGUGGCAUUAUGAUCGAUCCACCGCCAUUUUCGUCGUCCAUUUUGAGCGCUAACAAUAUUCCAGCGCUCAUGAUCGACGGUGUUAUCCUUACGCAUUGCCAUGCUGAUCACGAUGCAGGCACCUUUCAGAAGAUCUUGCAGGAAGGUCGCGUCGCCCUCAUCACCACAGACACUAUUUAUCGGUCGUUCCUGCGCAAAUACUCGGCUCUGUCAGGUUUCGAGCCCAGUUUUCUGGAACGUGUACUCGACCAUCGUCUUGUACGUAUCAAUGACCUGACCCAGAUCCGCGGUGCUGAAUUCCGCUUUUUUUACUCGCUGCACUCUAUCCCGUGCGUAGGCUUUGAGGUUACAUACGGUGACAAGAAGAUCGCUUUCUCCGGUGACCACCUUAACGACGUAGACAAGAUCCACCAGCUCGAAAGUGAAGGUGUUCUUUCACCUGCCCGAGCUCACGAGCUGCUGAAUUUUCCCUGGCACUGCGACGCUAUCUUGCACGAAGCAGGUGUGCCCCCUAUCCACACACCGCUGAAAACGCUCAUGGCACUUGAUGAUGUCGUCCGAAAAAAAGUGUACGUGGUGCACACGGCGGCCAAGGAUCUACCCGAUAACUGUGGGCUCCGUGGUGCACCUGAAGGUGUUCAUAAUACGAUCACGCUUGACGUACCUAAGCUACCAGAGAAUGCAGGGGCUCUGGAGAUCCUAGAUCUCGUUAGGAAAGUGGAUCUGUUUGCUGAGCUCACACUUAACCAUGCGUACGAGAUCCUGCAGAUGGCCCGGAAAGUGGAGUAUGCUAAAGGUGCCGUUGUUAGCAGGAUGGGUAACGUGGGUGAUACUUUCUUCAUUAUUAUCGUGGGGGAAGCUCAGGCUGUGUAUAAGAAGGAGUCACCGCCGACAGCAGAGGGUGCAGUGGUUAACUCUUUGCCACUUGAAAAUACCCCUAAACCGAUAGCACGCGGCCGAGAGAACAGUACACAUCGGCGAGUGUCCAUGCUGUCGUUGGCGAAGCAGUACCGACCAGGCGACUACUUUGAUCUUCAGUCACUGCUGACUCCGAACUGGGCGCUUCCGUUUGAUAUGGUAGCAAGCACAAAGCUGUCACUGCUCGAGUUCAAUGCUCUUGAUUUUAACUGGUUCCUACGACGUACGUCUUCUUUCGAGCGUAUCCAGCAGCUCGCGCAGAGUCGACUCUACUUCUCCUACGACAUCGUUGAGAGUAACCAGGUUUUUCGACGACUGACAUCUGCUCAACGGACUGCGCUUGAGAUCAUUUUGCGCCCACGCGACGUGACCGAGGGGCAGAUACUUUGGAGUUUGGGGGACAAAUGCUCUAGCGCCGUUAUCGUCGACAAGGGGCAGUUCCUACUCAAGAUUGCACCGGUAUCUUCGACUUCCAGCUCACCCGUAAGGAACAACUCAGCCAGUGGUCCGUCACGGUCACGACCAUCGUCUCCCGGCCAAACUCUGUCGCUCAUCACUAGAAAAUCGCUAAACCGAGUAAUCCCGAUGGACUUGAGCCUCGUAAGCAGCACCUCAAACAGCAAUAGCAGCAAAACUUGUGAUGCGCUGCAGGAGGUGACACUCAGCCAUGGCGGCUUCGCUGGCGACGUGGAUCGACUCACGUCCGCGGAGGACACAACGCACGCGACGUCGCUGGUCUGUACACGUGCAGGAUCUGUCUUCGUUAUCCAGAAGCACGACCUGCAGAUUUUUCUCAUGGAGAACCCAGGUCUGCUCCUCAGUCUUAGCGGCAGAGUCUUCGUCAGCUAG